AUGUCUAGUCAAAUCACAGCCUUGGAAGAGGAUCGCCAACAGUAUCAAGAGCAGCUCGACGUCGUCCUCGCCGGUCUCAAAGACGAUCCUGAAAAUGCCGAACUCAAGAACCUGCAGGCGGAGUUGAAUGACAUGAUCUCCCUACUAAACGAGUCUCUUGCUGAGCUGCAGCCGAAGCAGGCACUCAAGCCCGCACCACAGAAAGCUCCCAGCCCGCCAGAGCCCGAGAAGUGGUCCAAGGAGAACCACCCCGCCUUCAAGAAGGCCGCCCCCGCUCCGGAAGAGAAGGAAUCCGAUGCGCCGCUUGUCGCCUACCAGGUGAACGACACCGUCAUGGCCAAAUGGGCUUCAGGUGAUCGAGGCUUCUACCCGGCACGCAUCACAUCCAUUACCGGCUCGUCGACGGCGCCCAUCUACAUUGUCAAAUUCAAGAGCUACGAUAACACCGAAACGCUGCGAGCCAAGGAUAUUCGUCCCAUGUCCAACAAGCGCAAGGCUGACGGAGCACCAGCGUCCGGUCCCAGUACCGGCCAGCAACCCACCCACACGCCUUCGGUUCAGUCAAAUGGCGUCGUCACGUCCGCGGCCGCCAGCCUGUACCCCGAACAGCAGGCUAAGAUCGAGGCUGAGAAACUCGCUGCCGACGGUGCCGCAAAGCCGCCUAAACCCAAGAAGAUCAAGGCCACAAAAGAACUGGAGAAGGGCAAGUCCAAGUGGCAAGAGUUCAACACAAAGUCAAAGUUCGGAAAGCAAAAGAAAGAGAGCAUGUUCCGCACACCCGACGGCGUCGGUGGCCGAGUUGGCUUCACGGGUUCUGGCCAGGCCAUGCGCAAAGACCCGACUCGCAGCCGACACGUAUAUCAGCAAAGCGACGAGCUUGACUAA